CCCGGCUCCCGCCCGCGCCCCACCCAGUCUGCGGGCCGCCCGCCCGGCUCGCGCCUGCGCCCCCAGAUGCUGAAGCGGGCGGAGUUGAGGGUGACGGGCGGGAUGUUUUGGGGGGCGGGGGUCCCGAUGACGGCAUCUGAGCGCGCCGCGCUGGGGCUCCGAGCCUGACUGCACGGCCCGGGUCUACACUCGCCCCCGAGCAGGUCAGGCGCUGCAGGACUUGGCUCUGGGUCACCUGCAGGGUGAGUCCAGCCAAGGUUACAGGUGCUGUCGCAGAGGCCUCUCUCUCUCAGCAGGGCCCUAAGCAACCCUCUCUCAACAUGGGGCUGGAGGCCCAGAGGCCACCAGGGGCUGAAGAGGCCCCUGUGAGGGUGGCCCUGCGAGUCCGCCCGCUGCUGCCCAAGGAGCUGCUGCAUGGGCACCAGAGCUGCCUGCGGGUGGAGCCGGGCCAUGGCCACGUCACCCUGGGCCGCGACCGCCGCUUUGGCUUCCACACGGUGCUGGCCGAGGACUCGGGACAGGAGGCCGUGUACCAGGCUUGCGUGCAGCCCCUCCUUGAGGCAUUUUUCGAAGGCUUCAAUGCCACCGUCUUUGCCUACGGUCAGACGGGCUCUGGGAAGACGUACACCAUGGGGGAGGCCAGUGUGGCCUCCCUCCAUGAGGACGAGCAGGGUAUCAUCCCACGGGCCAUGGCUGAGGCCUUCAAGCUGAUCGAUGAGAAUGACCUGCUUGACUGUCUGGUGCACGUGUCCUACCUGGAAGUGUACAAGGAAGAGUUCCGCGACCUGCUCGAGGUGGGCACUGCCAGCCGAGAUAUCCAGCUUCGGGAAGACGACCGUGGGAAUGUUGUGCUGUGCGGGGUGAAGGAAGUGGAUGUGGAGGGCCUGGACGAGGUGCUGAGCCUCCUGGAGAUGGGCAACGCAGCGCGGCACACGGGUGCCACGCACCUCAACCGCCUCUCCAGCCGCUCGCACACGGUCUUCACGGUGACCCUGGAGCAGCGCGGGCGCGCCCCCAGCCGCCUGCCCCGACCCGCCGCCGGGCAGCUGCUGGUCUCCAAGUUCCACUUCGUGGACCUGGCGGGCUCCGAGAGGGUGCUCAAGACAGGCAGCACGGACGAGCGGCUGAAGGAGAGCAUCCAGAUCAACAGCAGCCUCCUGGCUCUAGGCAACGUCAUAAGCGCCCUGGCUGACCCCCAGCGCCGCGGUAGCCACAUCCCGUACCGUGACUCCAAGAUCACCCGAAUCCUCAAAGACUCUCUGGGCGGGAACGCCAAGACGGUGAUGAUCGCCUGCGUCAGCCCCUCGUCCUCCGACUUCGAUGAGACCCUCAACACCCUCAACUACGCUAGCCGCGCCCAGAACAUCCGCAACCGCGCCACGGUCAACUGGCGGCCCGAGGCCGAGCGGGCGCCCGACGAGGCGGCGGCCGGGGCGCGGGGACCGCCGCGGCACCGCUCGGAGACGCGCAUCAUCCAUCGCGGCCGCCGCGCCCCGGGCCCCGCCGCCGCCUCCGCGGCCGCCACCGCCCGCUUGGGCGCCGAGUGCGCGCGCUACCGGGCCCGCACGGACGCAGCCUACAGCCUCCUGCGCGAGCUGCAGGCCGAGCCCGGGCUGCCCGGCGCCGCCGCCCGCAAGGUGCGCGACUGGCUGUGCGCCGUCGAGGGCGAGCGCAGCGCCCUGAGCUCCGCCUCCGGGCCCGACAGCGGCAUCCAGAGCGCCUCCGCGGAAGACCAGGCUGCGCAGGGGCCGCUCGGGCGAAAGGAGGAUGAGGCGGCACAGCAGCUGCUGAGCCUGCAAGGCCAGGUGGCCCGGCUGGAGGAGGAGAACCGAGACUUUCUGGCGGCUCUAGAGGAUGCUAUGGAGCAGUACAAACUGCAGAGCGACCGUCUGCGUGAGCAGCAGGAGGAAAUGACAGAGCUGCGGCUGCGGCUAGAGAUGGUGCGGCCUGGCUGGGGGGCCCCAGGGCUCCUGCAGGGCCUGCCUCCUGGAUCUUUUGUGCCUCGGCCUCACACAGCCCCCCUGAGGGGUGCUCACACCCAUGUGCUCAGCAUGGGGCCCCUUGCCUGCCUUCCUGGAGAUGAAGCUUGUCCUGAGCAGUGGGGAGAGCUGACAGAUGGCAGGGAAGCUGGGGCCAAGCUGCUGACUGAGGGAGAUAAGCUGGGAAGUGGCUCUCCAACUGCAUCAGAGGAGGACGAAGAGGAGGAGCCACCGAGGCGGGCCUUGCACCUGCGCAGAAAUGGGAUCAGCAACUGGAGCCGGAGGGUGGAGGUUCGUGCAGGAAGUCCGUCCCGCAGGAAGGGCCCAGAGCUUCACCUUGAAGAGCUGGAUGUGGCCAUCCCAGGGCCCAAAGCGGUUGGUGGGAACAAGGCCCCUGCUGUCUCAGCCUCUGAGUGGAGACUGGCCCAGGCCCAGCAGAAAAUCCGGGAGCUGGCCAUCAACAUCCGCAUGAAGGAGGAGCUCAUCGGCGAGUUGGUCCGCACAGGGAAGGCAGCCCAGGCCCUGAACCGCCAGCACAGUCAGCGCAUCCGCGAGCUGGAGCAGGAGGCAGAGCGGGUGCGAGUGGAGCUCAGUGAAGGCCAGAGGCAGCUGCGGGAGCUCGAGGGCCAGGAGCCCCAGGAUGCUGGCGAGCGGUCCCGGCUCCAGGAGUUCCGCAAGAGGGUUGCCGUGGCCCAGAGCCGGGUGCAGGUGCUGAAGGAGAAGAAGCAGGCGACGGAGCGACUGGUGUCGCUGUCGGCCCAGAGCGAGAGGCGGCUGCAGGAGCUCGAGAGGAAUGUGCAGCUUAUGCGGCAGCAGCAAGGCCAGCUGCAGAGGCGGCUGCGCGAGGAGACGGAGCAGAAGCGGCGCCUGGAGAUGGAGAUGACCAAGCGGCAGCACCGUGUCAAGGAGCUGGAGCUGAAGCACGAGCAGCAGCAAAAGAUCCUGAAGAUCAAGACAGAAGAGAUCGCAGCCUUCCAGAGGAAGAGGCGCAGUGGCAGCAAUGGCUCAGUGGUCAGCCUGGAGCAGCAGCAGAAGAUCGAGGAGCAGAAGAAGUGGCUGGAUCUGGAGAUGGAGAAAGUCCUGCAGCAGCGGCGGGCACUGGAGGAGCUGGGGGAGGAGCUCCACAAGCGGGAGGCCAUCCUGGCCAAGAAGGAGGCCCUGAUGCAGGAGAAAUCGGGGCUGGAGAGUAAGCGCCUACGGUCCACCCAGGCCCUGAAUGAGGACAUCGUACGAGUGUCCAGCCGGCUGGAGCACCUGGAGAAGGAGCUCUCAGAGAAGAGCGGGCAGCUGAGGCAGGGCAGUGCCCAUAGCCAGCAGCAAAUCCGUGGGGAGAUUGACAGCCUGCGUCAGGAGAAGGACCUGCUGUUGAAGCAGCGCCUGGAGAUCGACAACAAGCUGAGGCAGGGUAGCCUGCUGUCGCCUGAGGAGGAGCGGACACUGUUCCAGCUGGAUGAGGCCAUCGAGGCCCUGGACGCUGCCAUUGAGUAUAAGAAUGAGGCCAUCACAAGCCGCCAGCGAGUACUGCGGGCCUCGGCCUCCUUGUUGUCCCAGUGUGAGAUGAACCUCAUGGCCAAGCUCAGCUACCUCUCGUCCUCAGAGACCAGAGCACUACUCUGCAAGUACUUCGACAAGGUGGUGACACUCCGAGAGGAGCAGUACCAACAGCAGAUCGCUUUCUCGGAGCUGGAGAUGCAGCUUGAGGAGCAGCAGCGGCUGGUCUACUGGCUGGAGGUGGCCCUGGAGCGGCAGCGCCUGGAGAUGGACCGCCAGCUUACCCGGCAGCAGAAGGAGCACGAACAGAACAUCCAGCUCCUCCUGCAGCAGAGUCGAGACCACCUUGGCGAGGGCUUAGCUGACAGUAAGAGGCAAUAUGAGACCAGGAUUCAAGCUCUGGAGAAGGAACUGGGCCGCCACUUGUGGAUAAACCAGGAACUAAAACUGAAGCUCAGUAGUUUGAAUGCUGCAGGCCAGAGCAGGGGUGGGGAGAAGAGGACCCUGUGCAUGGAGAACAGACAGCCUGCGAAUGAAGACGAGCUCCCCUGGCAGGUUCCCCUCACUGAGAGCAACCCCCGUGUCCGGGAGGAGAUGCGGGACUUGGUCCACGCUCCAUUACCAUUGACAUGGAAACGCUCGAGCAUGUGUGGCGACGAGCAGGGCUCCCCCGAGGAGUCGAGGCAGCGGGAGGAGGCUGAGCCCCUGGUGGGGCGGGUGCUGCCUGUCGGUGAGGGGAGUCUGCCCUGGAACUUUGGGCCCUUGCCCAAGCCCCGGCGGGAACUCCGGAGAGUCAGCCCAGGGAUGAUUGAUGUCAGGAAAAACCCCUUAUAGGCUCCUGGGGAAGACCCUCCCUGGGGGCAGAUUCGGAUCCUGCUAAAAGGUGCUGUUGCCCACUCUUUGGCUUCUUUGAAGGACAGUCCUUACCUCACAGGCAAAAUCAAGGGCCUGAUCGUUACACUAAUUGGAGUCAACAAAUUUGAGCCAUAGCCCAAAAGAACUGGACCCAAAUUGGUUUUAAAAAUAACACGCAAAUUCCUAUCACUCACUCCCCUUCAAGCUGCAGUACCCGAUUGCCACCUUUUGGUUUGCUCAAGAGUUCUGGAAGGAAGAAGUGCAGUAUCUGCCCAUAGUCCUGGGGUCCAACUGAGGCCUGUCACAGAAAGGUCAAUGGCGACAGGGUUGAGGUUUAAAUGGUCUUAUGUAUAUAAGGGGAACUGGGAAACUUAGCACAGUUUUAGAAUAUUUUUUAAACCAUUUUACAAUAAACAAGAAUAAUCUCUGAAGGAAGGAAUGGGAGUUUUCACUUAAGAAUUUCAUGUCUACAAUGACAGUAUGAAUUAGAUUUUGAAACAGUUGCUUCUUGGAACACAACAGACUUGGAAGCUUGAGAAAGUGAGGCAGGUCUAAUCAGCCCUCACUGGUUGCCACUCCCUGGCCAAGACAGAACAGUCUGGAUCAGGAGCUCCAAGAGAAAACUAUGAGUCAGCCAUGAGCGAGUGAGGACUGUGUCGUGAACUGGCCGACUCAUGGGGCAGACCUGGAACUGUGGGCUCCAGAAACCAUUAGAACUGGACCACAAGUCACCGUCAUCCCCAGGCUGGAAUGUUAAACAGAAAUGCACCAUGUACCCAGGCGCCACGGGUGAUUUUAUUGUUCUUCAUAGGGGGUUCA